AUGCCUCGACCUAGAAGGCCCGGUGCACCAGAACCAAAGCGUCGAAGCCGUAAAGGAUGUUGGCCAUGCAAAGCACGCAAGGUAAAAUGUGGCGAAGAGAAACCAGCAUGUCUGAAUUGCCAGCGACAAGGCGACCCUUGCGACUAUAGUGUCCGUCUGAACUGGGGAGGAAGGACGAAACGCAUAUCAAUUGACUCGCCGAAUUCACAAUCUAGUGGGUAUGGGGGAGCUGUAAUUGGAUUUUCAGAUUCAUUCACUCUCAACGAUCUGAGCCCGAUUUCGUUCCCCACACCAACGAGCAACCCUACAGAUGGAUUUGUCGACAUUCAUCCCGGGGACUUGACUUCACCACGAUCAGUAUCUCCGUGUACAACAGCACCAGUGGCCCUUUUCGAAUCCCCCAGGCUCUCAGGCUCCGAAGGAGUGACACCACCGGAUCAAUUACAGUCUCGGUUCUCCGCAACUUGGGCGGAACAAACUCAUCCAUUGACAACAUCCGCAUCCUCGGCGCCUUUAUUACAGUAUCAAUUUGGACAGAGUUUUGAUCCUCCAUCAUAUCUUGGUUCGAUGGAUCAGGCAUCCGGUCUCAGAUCACUAUCUGCCUUUGCAUUUCACACGAAUCCGGUGUCGCAGCCAGUUUCUUACCUGCGCCACUCUGUAGAUGCUUACAACCACAGCCCGGGUCCAUCUAUCUUCCACUCUCGUGAUGAAAGGCAUCUUUCUCAAGAGUCACACGAUGACCAGGGCAUGCAUCUUGGCACAGGGUCUGGGACAGAGCAAAGCAGAUCCUCACACAGCCCGCAGGAUCCUGGCGGCCUAUCCUCCAUGCUUUUCGAUGCACACCGAGUGUCGAUCGCUGAAAGCGAUGCAACCUCGUCUCUGAGGCUCCACGAGGCCCCCAGCAACAUUAUCUCUGUACAUGACUAUCACAACGAAUUGAGUUCAGAUCAUCAGGUUGUGGGAGAGAGCAACCAUGAACCUGAUCAGGCAUCCCACGAGUCUUCAAUGGCCCAGAACAACUGGCAAACAUAUCUGAAUAAUGUGACGGACAAUUAUGGAUUGGACUCCGGGCGCCCUGAUCAGGAUUUGACUUUCAACAACGACCAUGCUGCCAUAGACAUCAACUAUGCGUUGGAUUUGAUCAGUUCUCGGUGGCGCAACGAGGAACCUGCACAGUCAAAAGCCUCUCAGCGUGACCCCGAACCCCAGGUCCAGUUCUGUAGUGGCUAUUAUGCUUCCCCGGUGCCCAUCAAUGUUCCGAGAUACUUGUCUCCGCUUCCGUCAUCGCUGCUGGAGAACCCCAUCAAUUUGAUGUACUUCCAUCAUUUCCUGAAUCACACUGCUCGAAUGCUAGUCCCCCACAACUGCGAUAACAAUCCGUUUAUAUCGGUCUUGCCAUCAAUGGCAAUCGGCGAUUCCAAUCUCCUAAACUUGCUACUUGCAUACUCCGCUAGUCAUCGUGCUCGAUACCUAGGUCAUCCGGAGCCCGCCAAUCGAAUCGCUCAUUGGGUCAGCAAUGUUUUUCCAACCUUACGUAUGGCAUUGGAGUCAUCAAAUGAAGACAUCACCGACAGUCACUUGGCUACGGCCAUUAUGCUGUUGUCCUUAAAGAUUGUUUCCCCAGGAACAUUUGAAGUGCCGAUCACCUGGAAAGCUCACCUCAAGCUUGCUCGCGAUUUAUUCCUUGCACGGAGCGAGAGCCUUGCGCGGCCUGGGAACAGGAUUGGGGCGCUCUUCGCCCGUUGGCUGGGCUAUCUCGACACGAUAGGAUCUUUGUCAUGUCGCGAAGCCGGUCCUCCACUAAUGGUCUACCACUCCAUCUUAACAGCUUGCUCCGCGCCCGGCGGUCAUGAUGAGUUCGGCGUUGACUGCUUCACGGGGUUCACUCCCCGCACAGGAGUAUUUCUGAUCCGUCUUGCACGGCUGGUGCAGGAAGCUGACAAUCAACGCUUCGACGAAAUGGGUAACUUCCGACGUGACUGGCAGGCAUCUGCGGAAAUGGCCCUGGAAGGGCAAUCCUUACUUGUUGAUAUCGACGACGAUAUCAGCGAAGGUCCUCAUACUAUCCCGGAACACCAUCAUGGUCUCGAGUCCUUGGACAUGAUAGCCAUCGAGGAAGCCUUCCGGUUUGCCGGUAUCCUGCAUCUUCAUCGGCGUAUUCUUGGGUCUCCGCCUGACUCGCUUCCGGUGAAAAAGGCCCUGCGCAAGCUCAUUGACGCUCUUGGACGCAUGCGCCCUGGUGCAGCCACUGAAGUAUGCUCCUUGUUCCCACUCUUCACGGCUGGUUGUGAAUCCAGAGAUUCAGUUCAAAAAGAGAAGAUUUUGGACCGGUUCUUUGUGUUAGAGAGCUCGGGCAUGAAACAGAUUCAAAAUGCACGUCAGUUGAUGCAACACUGCUGGGAUAAAGACCUGCCUUGGAUUGCCCUGGCUAGCGGUCAGUUCUUAGGUUAG